AUGCACCUGGGUGUCGUAAAGGUGCCCGACCCCAGGCUGGAAUACCUGGCCGGGAUAUACAAACCUCGCAAGGUGGUGCCGGCCGAGAUCCGUUACUCUGAUUUGCCGGGUCCGGAAUCGAUGGCGAAAUCGCAGGGCAUCAAGGGGCGCUACCGGAACGUGUUGCAAUCGGCGACCGCGUUUUUGGUCGUGGUGCGGGCGUUCGCCAACGAACUGGUGCCGCAACAUAACGGCGAGAUCGAUGCGGCGCGGAAUCUGGAGACCAUGUUGGAUGAAUUGUCCUUCGCCGACCUCGAGGUUCUCCAGCGUGCAUCUCGGCGGCUGGACGACCAGUUGAUGAAAACCAAACCCGCCGAGCGGUCCAUGGUAGCGCGACACAAGGAUGCCGUCGAAAAGGCGCGGUUGGGCCUGGACGCCGGGACGCCGUUGCGGUUGCAGCAGUUGACGGAUUCUGAAAGAGCGUUCCUGGUCCACUACCAGUUAUUGACCGAUAGGCAGUAA